UUAAAUGUUUGUUGGGCCACUUGGCUACUGAUCAGAGAACACAAAAUGAAUAACUCCACAAACUCCUCUAACAAUGGCCUGGCUCUGGCCAGCCCUUAUAAGACCUUUGAAGUGGUAUUUAUUGUCCUGGUGGCUGGAUCCCUCAGUUUAGUUACCAUCAUUGGGAACAUCCUGGUCAUGGUCUCCAUUAAAGUCAACCGCCACCUCCAGACGGUCAACAAUUACUUUCUAUUCAGCUUGGCCUGUGCUGACCUCAUCAUUGGUGUUUUCUCCAUGAACUUGUAUACCCUCUACACUGUGAUUGGCUACUGGCCUUUGGGACCUGUGGUCUGUGACCUCUGGCUUGCUCUGGACUACGUGGUCAGCAAUGCCUCAGUGAUGAAUCUGCUCAUCAUCAGCUUUGACAGGUACUUCUGCGUCACCAAACCGCUCACCUACCCUGUCAAGCGGACCACAAAAAUGGCAGGCAUGAUGAUUGCAGCUGCCUGGGUCCUCUCCUUCAUCCUCUGGGCCCCAGCCAUUCUCUUCUGGCAGUUCAUUGUUGGCGUGAGGACGGUGGAGGACGGGGAAUGCUACAUUCAAUUUUUCUCCAACGCGGCUGUCACCUUUGGCACUGCCAUCGCAGCCUUCUACUUGCCCGUGAUCAUCAUGACUGUAUUGUACUGGCACAUAUCUCGAGCCAGCAAGAGCAGGAUAAAGAAGGACAAGAAAGAGCCCGUGGCCAACCAAGAUCCAGUCUCUCCAAGUCUAGUACAAGGAAGGAUAGUGAAGCCAAACAGCGGCAACACGCCUGGCAGUGACGACGGCCUGGAGCACAACAGAAUCCAGAAUGGCAAAGCCCCCAGAGACGCUGUGACAGAGAACUGUGUCCAGGGGGAAGAGAAAGAGAGCUCCAAUGACUCCACCUCGGUCAGUGCCGUUGCCUCUAAUAUGAGGGAUGAUGAGAUAACCCAGGACGAAAACACCGUUUCCACGUCCCUGGGCCACUCCAGAGAGGAGAACUCUAAGCAAACAUGCAUCAAAAUUGUCACCAAGACCCAAAAAGGUGACUUGUGUACUCCUACUAAUACCACCGUGGAGCUCGUUAGUUCAUCAGGUCAAGACGGAGAGGAAAAACAGAACAUCGUAGCUCGAAAGAUUGUGAAGAUGACUAAGCAGCCUGCAAAAAAGAAGCCGCCUCCAUCCCGGGAAAAGAAAGUGACCAGGACGAUCUUGGCUAUUCUGCUGGCUUUCAUCAUUACCUGGGCCCCGUACAACGUCAUGGUGCUCAUUAACACCUUCUGUGCGCCCUGCAUCCCCAACACAGUGUGGACAAUCGGCUAUUGGCUC